AUGGAUACUGUAUUUUCUCUGGACGAGGCACACAGAGCCACCUUCCUUCGAGCCAUUAUGCAAUCUUUUCACCCCACUUACAUUUGCCUUUGGUCUUAUUUACCCCAUCCUUCUCACUGUUUGUUGAAUCUUGAUGCGUUGUUCCGGGAGGAGGAUGCGAACCAACCCAGCAGUUCCUUGGGCAGCUUUGAACGGAGGCUUUUUGAUGAGUACAAGCAAUUGGUAUUCAACGUGGAAAACAACCUUGUUCCUGGCCAUGCUUUCAACAACAGCAUUUCCUUUUUAGAGCUUCACCAAUCUUUGCUUCACAUCCAUUCUUCUUCUCAAAUUCAAUCCCAUUUUUAUGCUGCAGCUGGGAUUAAGAGUGUAGUUUUCAUGGGCUGCAGCAAUGGAGAAAUCGAACUUGGAUUCUCCGAGGUUAAUAUGGUAGAGAAGAUGAGAGCAACAAGUCCAUUUACCUCAAUGGCUGUUCUUAAAAACCCUCCUCCUCCCACUUGGUCGUCGUCGUCCACGAACUUCCUUCGUCGUCGACCCGGGUCAGCUCAAUUGCUGCACAUGAUAGCGGAGCGGAGAAGAAGAGAGAAGCUUAAUGGAAGCUUCCAAGCUUUGAGAUCCCUUCUUCCCCCCGGAACUAAGAAAGAUAAAUUAUCGGUACUAGCAACCACAAGAGAAUACUUAACCAAAUUGAGAGAGCAAGUUUCAGAGCUCAGCCAUAAAAACCAGAAGCUUCUAGAAGCUCAGUCUCAAGGGGAAGAAACUGCCAACUCAUUCGUUAACGAACGCUUCACCGUUAGGGUUUCCCACGCGCCGCCGUCUAUUAAUGGAACGGAAAUUAUAGACUUGGAAAUUACGGUUAGAGGCCAAGGAUCGUUAAUGCCGGAUAUUGUAAUUCGCGUGUUGGAAUUCUUGAAGAAUGUUGUGAAUGUGGGGGUAAUUUUGUCAUUUCACGGCAUUGAACAGCUUGCUCCUUCUUCUCUUCUUAGCCGCCUCCGCUUCCGAUUCAGCCUUCAGGAUGGCGAAUGGGACGAGUUGGGUUUCCUGGAAGCAGUGAGAAGAAUUGUGUCUGACUUGGCGCCCACGUACAACGAAAAACAACCAUAA